UGACAUCUUCUGCAGCCACCAAGUCCUGUUAAUCACCCAAAGAUUCAAUCCAGGUGUGGCAGAAGGGAAACACCUAAAACAUGCAGGCAGGGGGUCUGAGGACUGGAAUUGGGAACCACUGGAUUAAAUAACCCAAAUUGUUGCCGUCAGUUUUUUACUAACAGACUGUGCAGUCCCGGUCGGUGGACCAGCUCUGCAGCAACACGCUGAGCUACAGAUCAGGCCCUGGAUCAGAUCUGCUCGGUUUUAUUUCAGCUUUUCGGAUCUAACCCCGACUGUUUCCCAGACUCACUCACAGGUACUAAACAGUAAACCCAGUUUAUAUGACGGUUCUCUUAAAGACAAAAGCACUCAUUGACCCAAAUAAUUCAGCUGAACAAAUUGCCAAUUCUGGAUCAGAUAAAGUUCCCCAGGAUGUUUGGGAAGUAAUUUGGAUCAUUUUGGUGAAAAUUUAUAGCUUUAAUUGUUCAGAAAAAUUGUUAAAAAUGUAAUUGUUAGAAUAAACCCAGUUCAAUGUUCAAUCAGCUUUCUUUGCUUUAAUGAACGUUCGGUUCUAAACCGGUUCUUAUCAUUAAUCCCCGUUACUUUGUGGUUCCGCUCAAUACAGACAUAAAGUGAAAGCAAAGCCAGAACUUGAGUGACGUUGGCUCCCCACCUUCGAAUCAGACAAAAUUGGUAUCAAACAUUUGUGCUACGUUUGUGCAGCAAAACGUUUCCUUUGUGCUGCUCACAUCAUUUUAAAGAUAUUAAGAAAUGCUUGUAGAGGUCAUGAAAGGUCAACCAGCACCCCUCCCCCCCUCACUUCAAAUCAGGCAGAAUUUGUGUCAAUCAACUCGGCUGCCUCUGUGCAGCAACAUUUAUUGUUUAUGCUGCUUUACUUUGGAGAUAUUAAUGAAAGUUUAAAGGUCAACCAGCCCCCCUUUACAAACUCGAAAUGGCCUUUAAACUUUUAUUAAUUUCUUCAAAGCCAAAGUAGCACAAACUAAAAGUUUAGCUCUACAAACGUAGCACAAACGUUUUACACCAACUUUGUCUGAUUUGGUGCAACUGGCCGCUAGGUUCUGUUUUUCCAGAACUUUGUGUUCCACGCCAGAUUUUGACCUGGUUCUGACUCUUUUAGAACCCUCUAUCAAAACUUUGUAUGUGGUUCCGAGUCCUCUGACCGAUCCGAACCAGCCUCCUGUAACAUUUGGUUCUGGGUGGCUGAAGGCAGGCCGGGCCAACAGCGCCCCCUGCCGGACUGGUUGUUCUCUGGGACUGAAGGUGUCUCUGGCGUCCAGCAGGGGGCGCCGACGUGCUGUCAGCCUGCCAAAUGUUUAUUCCUGCUUUUGAUGAUGAUAAAUGGGUUAAUUCACAGAUUCACGUGUUUCUGUUUCUUCUUCACUGUGAUUGGUCCUCUCGGUGCCGCUCGGCUCACAGGUCCAAUCGGUUCUGAUCACAAGUUUCAUUUAGUUUGUAGUCUGCCAUGCUCUGAAACAUUUUCUGGAAGAUGAACCAGAUUUGUUUUGCUCCUCUCCACUCCGCUGCUGGUUUCCCAUGGCAACCGGCCUGUGCUGCGGUCGUCAUGGCAACAAGCUGAGACCACAGCCAAUCAGAGCAGGCGGUCGUCUCCUUUUAUAGAGCCACAAAGAGGCUGCAGGUGCAGGCAGCCCAAGGUCAAAGGUCAGAGCUAUCAAUGUGAACAGCGCCCUCUAUGGCAGCGGCUGCAUCAUGCUGUGGGCUGAACUGGAUCUGAGCCUGUUCAUGAAGUUCUGCCUCAGUCUGGAGAAUUUCUCCAAGAUCCAGCGGGAGGUCCAUGCACUUCCUGCCAGUUACCAUGGUAACUGCUGCUGCAGAACAGGUCAGGUUCCAGUUUCUAGAUGAGGUCAACCAAUCACAGCCCAGAAAAAAAAUAAAGAUGAGGUCACGCCUCUUCAUCACCAGGAGUGAUGCAUCUGUCUUCAUAAGUACAUCUUUGAUCCUGAUGAAGAUGAAGCUGAUGAAGCUCUCCCUCUCCUGCUGGGCCCCUCUAACGCCUCAUGUCCAUGAACCGGCCAGGGUCUAAGGUUCGGAACAGCUCCCCCUGCUGGCCUGGAUCCAGCAUGAUGGUCGGAGUUCCGGGUUCUUCGCUGUGAUUGGUCCGUUUAGCUCACCUGGCCCAGUACCCUGACUUCAUUCACUCAGCGCUCGGCCCGCCCUGCUGCGCCUCCUCUUCAUCGUCAGCUUCAUCCUGAAGACGGACAGCCAUGAUGUCUGCCGCCUCCUCUUCCUCCUGCUGCUGAAAACCCCGGGAUGAAGCUCCUCUUCCUCCCGCUGGUCCGGAUUCUGUAGCGGAUUCGGAACCCGCCGUAUCGCUGGUUCGGUUCCGUAUAGUAGCAGCAGAUGUUCGGCUGGCGCUGCGACACGGUUUGUUUACGUGUGAAGAGGAUGAAGAUCCGGAGAUCCAGGAGGAAGAACGAUGACAGGAAGCUCCAGUGAUGCCGAACAUCUCAUCUGUGACGCUGCGAUACAGAAAUGGUGUAUGCUCAGUCCACAAACAGAGUUGGUGUGAAUCCCUCCUUCUACUCCCCGUUCUUCAAGAAUCAGAUGUCAUUUAACUUCUCCAAGAAAGAAAACUUCACUGUGCUGGCCGCCUUGCCCACCACUGCGCUCUACAGCCUCGAGGGCUCGACCCCCAGGCAGCCCAACGCCACCGCCGCCUCUGGCGACCUGUCUUCAGGGGAGGUCGCUAUCCUGGGCCUGGUGUUCGGCUUCCUCUGGCUGGUCUCCAUCCUGGGAAAUGCCCUCGUUUGCCUGGUCAUCCACAGGAGCCGGCGGACUCAGUCCACUACUAAUUACUUUGUGGUGUCCAUGGCGUGUGCAGACUUGCUCAUGAGCCUGGGCUGGGCUCCGUUUGUCCUUCUGCAGGUGGCUGCAGGACAAUGGCCUCUGAGCGCUGCUGCCUGCAAGGUUGUUCGUUACCUGCAGCACCUUUGCCCCGGCGUCCAGGUUUAUGUCCUGCUGUCCAUCUCUGUGGACCGCUUCUACACCAUCGUCUAUCCACUCAGCUUCAAGGUGUCCAGAGAAAAGGCCAAGAAGAUGAUUCUGGCCUCAUGGUUAUUUGAUGCAGUCUUUAUCGCCCCCUGUUUCUUCUUUUAUGGUUCUGCAGACAGUCAUUGCGACUUUUUCCUCCCCAGCAGUUGGGGCAGUAUCACCUACGCUGCAUUUCACCUUCUAGUUGGCUUUCUUGUCCCAGUUGGACUCAUCAUUUCCUUCUACCAGCGGGUGGUUCGCUACAUCUGGAGGAUCGGCGCUGACGGCCAUAUGGUGCGUCGCACCAUGAACAUCGUCCCGCGGACUAAAGUUAAGACCAUCAAGAUGUUCCUCAUGCUGAACUCAGUUUUCUUCCUCACCUGGACGCCCUUCUACGUGGCCCAGCUGUGGCACCCUGAGGAGGCCGACACGCCCGGCAGACAGGAGCUGCUGUUCUUCACAACCAUCGCUUGGGUCUGCUUCAGCUCCACGGCCUCCAAACCAACCCUGUACUCCGUCUACAAUGCCAACUUCAGGCGCGGCAUGCGGGAGACCUUCUGUAUGUCAUCCAUGAAGUGCUACCGCAGCAACGCUUACACCAUCACUGCCAGCUCCCGGAUGGCCAAGAAGAACUACGUUGGGGUGGUGGAAAUCCCGGUCCAAGCUAAGACCAUCACCCAGGACUCGGUGUACGAUGCAUUUGACCGGGAGGCGAAGGAGAAGAAGGUAGCCUGGCCCACCAACACCAACCCGCCCAACACUUUCGUUUGAGCGACUGAGCCAACGCCACGGUUAUAGGGCGCCAUUUGUCAAGUUACACAGUAAAAAAUUACCAACAAUAAUUUGGUUUAUUUACUCUGACAUAGAGGACAAAAUGUGCGAGCUAAGCAUUUAGAUAGCAAGCUAAAUAUUUUGCUUGCUAUCCAAAUGCUUGCUGGUUAAAUAUUUAGGUUGUAACCGAAUAUUUAGCUAAUAAAGUUAUAUUUAAUUUUAAAUAAAUAUUUGCUUUAGAGGUAAAUAUUUGCUUUAAAUGUUCAUUUUGCUAACUAAAUAUUGAGUUACAACCUAAAUAUUUAGUUAGCAAGCUAAACACCCAGAUUUGUUCUCUAAAUACUUCAAUUGAAAGCUAAAGAUUUAGCUUGUAAACUAAAUAUGUAAUUAAAAAUUGAAGUUGGAACCCUGGGAUUUAUAAAUGCAUGAAUAACUUGAAGAUAUAACUUUGAAAAAUAAACAGCCACAUUGUUUUCAUUGAAAGGCUAAAUAAACCAAAUGAUUUGCGUUAA